UAAGGGCGCGAAACGGUUGUUAGAGCUCCAGUAGCAACUACCCCGGAGCUUUGCGAGUUCCUGGGGUUGCCUCAGGUGCCGCUCACGGGCGAUACGAGAAGGUGGAUCUUACCUCUGCACCUUUUCUGAAGCCCCCUAUCUGUUUGUCAUCAUGAGUAGUGAAUUCCUGGCGGAGCUGAAUUGGGAGGAAGGGUUCGCCAUCCCGGUGGCGAACGAGGAGAACAAGAUACUGGAAGAUCUGUUGUCAAAGCUGCGGGAUGAAAGGUCAAGCUUUCAAGAUCAGCUACGUGACUAUGAAGAUCGAAUUAAUGCUAUGACUUCUCACUUCAAAAAUGUUAAGCAAGAGUUCUUAUUUACCCAGUCUCUUUGCAAAGCCAGGGAGCAUGAGAUUGAAAGUGAAGAACAUUUUAAGAUGAUUGCUGAAAGAGAACUGGGCCGAGUGAAGGAUGAAAUGCAACGACUGGAAAAUGAGAUAACUUCAAUACGGGAAAAGAAAAGUGAUAAGGAAAAUUACAUAUUUAAAACUACUCAAAAACUGGAUGGUUUGAAAUGUCAGAUGAACUGGGACCAGCAAGCACUGGAGGCAUGGCUGGAAGAAUCGGCUCAUAAAGAUAGUGAUGCCCUCACUCUUCAGAAGUAUGCACGACAGGAUGAUAAUAAAAUUAGGGCACUGACCCUGCAAUUAGAAAGACUGACUGUGGAAUGUAAUCAGAGAAGAAAGGUACUUGACAAUGAACUCGCAGAGACUCUAAGUGCACAGUUAGAAUUGGAUAAAGCAGCCCAAGAUUUUCGUAAGAUUCAUAAUGAAAGGCAAGAACUCAUUCAGCAGUGGGAGAACACAAUAGAACAGAUGCAGAAGAGAGAUAGAGACAUCGAUAACUGUGCCUUGGCAUUAGCAAAGAUAAAGCAGGAAAUAAGAGAAAAAGAAAAUUUGGUUAAGGAAAAGAUCAAGUUUUUGGAAAGUGAGACUGGGAAUAACACAGAGUAUGAGAAAAAAAUUUCUGUUGCUGAUCGUAAAGUUUUAAAAUGUAGAAUGGAAUAUCAAUGUCAUGAAACUAAGAGAAUUCAGCUGAAGGAUGAGCUAGAUACUUUAAAAGCCACUGUGAAUAGAAGUUCCAGUGAUUUAGAAGCUCUGAGGAAAAAUACUUCCAAAAUAAAAAAGGACAUUAAUGAAGAAACAACAAGAUUACACAAAAUUAAAAAUCAUAAUCAGAUUGUAAGAAAAAAAUUAAAGCAGAUAACUGAGAAAACUACGUCUGUAGAGGAGAAAGCUACCAACUUGGAAGACAUGCUAAAGGAGGAAGAAAGAGGUGUGAAAGAAGUAGAAGUUCAGUUGAGCAUAGUGAAGGAUGUGUUAUUUAAGAAAGUUCAGGAAUUACAGACUGAGACAAUGAAAGAAAAAGCUGUUGUAUCUGAAAUUGAAGGAACCCGUUCUUCUCUAAAGCACCUUAACCAUCGGUUACAUAAACUGGACUUUGAAACCUUACAGCAGCAAGAAAUUAUGUACAAUCAGGAUUUUUACAUUCAACAAGUGGAAUGCCGAAUGUCACGGUUAAAGGGAGAAAUUAACUCAGAAGAAAAACAAGCCCUUGAAGCAAAAACUGUUGAACUUCAAAAGACAUUGGAAGAGAAAAAAUCUACAUUUAACCUUUUGGAAACAGAGAUCAAGAAGCUUCAUAAUGAUCUUUACUUUAUCAAGAAGUCAAAUAGUAAAAAUCAUGAUGAAAAACAGUCCCUCAUGACCAAAAUAAAUGAACUAAACCUCUUCAAUGAUAGAUCAGAGAAAGAACUUAAUAAAGCCAAAGCUUUGAAACAGGAUUUGAUGAUAGAAGACAAUCUUUUAAAACUUGAGGUUAAACGUAUUCGAGAAAUGCUUCACAGUAAGGCAGAAGAAGUUCUUUCUCUGGAAGAAAGAAAACAGCAAUUACACACUGCUAUGGAAAAACGGACCGAAGAAAUUAAAAUUCACAAAAAAAUGCUUGCAUCACAAAUAAGAUGUGUUGAUCAAGAACGGCAAAAUAUAAGUGCUGAGUUUCUUGAGCGGCUAAGUAAAAUUGAUAAGCUGAAGAAUAGAUAUGAAAUUCUUACUGUUGUUAUGCUGCCUCCUGAGGGAGAAGAGGAGAAAACGCAGGCCUAUUAUGUAAUAAAGGCUGCUCAAGAAAAAGAAGAACUUCAAAGGGAAGGUGACAGUUUGGAUGCUAAGAUCAACAAAGCUGAAAAAGAAAUCUAUGCUCUAGGAAACACCUUGCAAGUGCUGAACAGCUGCAACAACAAUUACAAACAAUCUUUUAAGAAAGUGACUCCAUCUAGUGCUGAGUAUGAGGUAAAAAUUCAACUAGAAGAACAAAAGAGAGCUGUUGAUGAAAAACACAGAUACAAACAAAGACAAAUCAGAGAACUACAGGAAGAUAUCCAGAGCAUGGAAAAUACUUUAAAAGUUAUAGAACAUUUAACAAAUAAUGUCAAAGAAAAAAUAUCAGAGAAGCAAGCUUACACACUUCAACUAAGGAGAGCAACUGAGGAGCAGAAGCCAAAAUUAGAGAGAGUAACUAAACAGUGUGCAAAACUCAUCAAGGAAAUCCGUCUUUUGAAAGACACAAAAGAUGAAACACUAGAAGAACAAGACAUCAAACUUCGUGAAGCGAAACAGUUUCACAAGAUCAUUGAUGAAAUGUUAGUUGAUAUCACAGAAGAAAAUGCUGAGAUUGGUAUUAUCCUUCAAACAUACUUUCAACAGAGUGGUUUAGCACUACCUACAGCUAGUACUAAAGGGAGUCGUCACAGUUCUAGAUCUUCCCAGACUUCACUGGUAUCAGCAAGGUCACCUAAGAGUACAAGUACUUCUGCUUCUCAGACUUCAAUUAAAGUAUUAGAGCUGAACUUCCCAGCCUCUUCACUAACUGGCAGCACUUCUAGACCAACUAGUGCUAGCAGUGGCUCCAGUAAUGGUAAAAGCAAAAAGAGCAGCAAAUAAACAUUUUAAUCUCUCUUUUGAACAAGUUG